AUGCCUCUCGAAAACAUUCGCAACAUCGUCCUCGUCCUCUCCGGCAAAGGCGGAGUCGGAAAAUCGAGCGUAACUACGCAACUCGCCCUCACGCUAUCGCUACAAGGACAUUCGGUUGGUGUCUUGGAUAUAGAUUUGACGGGCCCGAGUAUACCGCGCUUCUUUGGUAUUGAAGAUGCGAAAGUAAGACAGGCGCCGGGUGGGUGGAUACCGGUUGACGUGCAUGGUGAGCAGACGUUGGCUGCGCAUCAGAAAGAAGGAGAGGAUGGGAAUACAACAGAUCAGAAAGAGGGAGGAGCGGCGACUGCAGAUGGUCAAAAGAUUGGAUCUUUAUCAUGCAUGUCUCUGGGAUUCAUUUUGGCUUCGCGCUCUGACGCUGUAAUUUGGCGUGGCCCAAAGAAGACCGCCAUGGUGCGCCAAUUCUUGACCGACGUCCUCUGGCCAAAGCUCGAUUACCUGCUCAUCGAUACACCACCCGGUACCUCGGACGAACAUAUCUCCCUACUCGAAACCCUCCUGAAGAAUACCACGCCAUCUCCUGCUCUCAAUCCACAUGUCCCGUUCUUGGCAGGCGCCGUCGUAGUCACAACCCCACAAGCUAUCAGUGUUAGCGACGUGAAGAAGGAGCUGAAUUUCUGCAAGAAGACCGGAAUAAGGGUACUAGGCGUGGUGGAAAAUAUGGCCGGGUUCGUGUGCCCCAACUGUUCGGAAUGCACAAAUGUCUUCAGCAAAGGCGGCGGAGCAGUCAUGGCGACCGAGUUCGAAGUACCAUUCCUCGGCUCUGUACCAAUUGAUCCAGCGUUUGUGGAAUUGGUAGAGAGUGGGACGAGGCCCGUAUACCCCAAGGGUACUGUCAUACAAGGCAAAGAGCUCGACACUGAAGAGGUCGCAGCUCUUAAAAACAAGGGCGGUCUUUUUGUAGAUAAGUACCGGGAUUGUUCGUUGGCGCCGCUAUUUGACGAGUUUGUGACGAGGUUGAAGGGGGAUAUCGGAAGGAUUGUGUGA